AUGGGCUCCUCAUCUCAGAAGCAGUGGACCGUCCUGAACAAGGACAACGGCUUUGAUGGCCUCACCUUUGGUGAUGCGCCUGUCCCGAAAGUCGGUGAAAACGAGGUUCUGGUGAAGUUCCAUGCUGCUUCGCUGAACUUCCGUGACCUGAUCAUCCCACAGGGUAAAUACCCUUUUGCGCUUAGCUUCCCCGUCGUUCCCGGCUCCGAUGGUGCUGGUGAGGUGGUUGACGCCGGAUCCAAGGUUUCCCAGUUCAAGAAGGGUGACAAGGUCGUCACUUUGUUCAACCAGGAUCACCAGUAUGGCCCCAUUGAUGGCAAGGCUGCCAGCUCUGGUCUCGGUGGCGUUAUUGACGGCACCCUCCGUCAGUAUGGUGUCUUCAAUGAGAAUGGCUUGGUCAAAAGCCCACAGAACCUCAAUUACCUCGAGUCUAGCACAUUGUCGUGCGCUGCUCUCACCAGCUGGAAUGCUCUGUACGGGUUGAAGCCAUUGCAGCCUGGCCAGACUGUGUUGGUGCAGGGAACGGGUGGUGUCAGCAUUUUUGCUUUGCAGUUUGCCAAAGCCGCCGGCGCAAAGGUCAUUGCCACGACCUCGUCCGAAGAAAAGGAGAACAAAUUGAAGGAGCUGGGAGCCGAUCACGUCAUCAACUACAAGACUGAGCCCAACUGGGGAGAUGUGGCCCGCAGCCUCACCCCGGAUGGUGCUGGUGUCGAUCACAUCGUCGAGGUCGGAGGCAGCGGUACCCUCAACCAGAGUUUCAAGUGCGUCAAGUUCGAGGGUGUGAUCAGCAUCAUCGGGUUUGUUGGAGGAGUUGACCCCAAGACUAUGCCGAACGUCCUUGAUACACUGAGCCACAUCUGUACUGUCCGGGGUAUUUAUGUUGGUAGCAAGGCCAUGAUGAACGACAUGGUCAAGGCGAUUGAGGCCAACAACAUCCACCCGGUUGUGGAUGAGAAGGUCUUCACCCUUGAACAGACUAGGGAAGCCUACGAGUACAUGUGGGCUCGGAAGCACUUUGGCAAGCUGGCCAUCAAGAUCGAGUAA